AAGUUCCUGCAUGUCCAUUCAUUCUUGAACAUAUGUGAGUAGCAGACAAAUCAACGCGCCAAACUUCCACAAGGAUUCACCUAUAAUAAACAUCAACUCUCCCGCACGAAUGAACAAGACCACACGCGCGAUCCAGAUUCCAGAGUCCAGAGAAGUACUACACCUAGACCCAGCACACAUGUUACGUAGUAAGAGUACAUUAAUGGCAUCUCUUCCUCCUUCGGUCACCGUGAUCCAGAUGACAUCUCAGACCAACGACGACAGAGUACCGCCGGCGAUGCCAAAGGGUGCGGAUGACGGCUCUACAACCAUGGCAGCCAACCGGACAGCGGCGGACAAGGUGAUGUCAAGCGCGGCGAACCUGGCACAGCUCCUUCCGACGGGCACGGUGCUGGCGUACCAGGCGCUGUCCCCGUCCUUCACCAACACCAACCAUGGGACGUGCCUUCCCGCCAACAAGUGGCUCACGGCCACGCUGGUCGCCGUCCUCGCCGCCUUCUCCCUCCUCUUCUCCUUCACCGACAGCGUCGUCGGCCGAGACAGCAAGCUCUACUACGGCGUGGCGACGCCGCACGGGUUCAACGUCUUCAACUUCUCGGGCGAGGAGGAGGAGCGGGAGUGGGCGCUCGGCGAGCUCCAGAAACUGCGCCUUCAGCCGCUGGACUACGUGCACGCCGUCGUUGCUGCCGUGGUGUUCCUCACCGUGGCGUUCAGCGACGCUGGCCUCCAGAGGUGCUUCUUCCCCAACGCUAGCAACAACACCAGCGAGCUUCUCAAGAACCUGCCUCUAGGGAUGGCCUUCCUAUCAAGCUUUGUCUACAUGAUCUUCCCAACAAAACGGAAGGGCAUUGGAUACAACGAUACAACUCCUGGCAAAAAGGCAUGAAGCCAGUCACUCAAAAAGUUCAGAUGUAAAACUGGACAUAUAUAUAGUUAGAAAUGACACGAAUUCCUUGCACGUAUAUAAAUA